ACAAUAGUUUUUAAACCUGUAACCACAGAGGUCCUCUUUGUUGGAAUUUAUAGAUUUGGCUAUGCAGUGCUAAUACUGUAAUACUGUUAUAGCUGUACAUAUAGUGUGCGUCUAAGAGCUUGGCUCUAGCAGUUUGAGAAAUUUGACGGGAAGUAAAGCUUUGAAGAAUGGAUGCGUUAAUUCCAGUUAUCAACAAACUUCAAGAUAUUUUUAACACCAUUGGCUCAGAUUCAAUACAAUUGCCUCAAAUAGUUGUGGUUGGAUCGCAGAGUAGUGGAAAGAGUUCAGUUCUUGAGAAUCUGGUUGGACGAGAUUUUUUGCCAAGAGGAACUGGUAUAGUUACUCGAAGACCUCUCGUGUUACAACUUGUGCAUUUAGAUAAGGGGAAAAAUAAAACAGAAGAAAAUGAUGACAAUUCAGAAGAAGAUUCUGAUAAAGAAAAUGAAAAACCAGGUUUGAAAAACCAUGUAAAUGGCUCAUCUUCAGAGUUCAACCAUGGCCAUGAAGAGUGGGGAAAAUUUUUGCAUACAAAAGACAAAAUGUAUACAGACUUUGAUGAAAUUCGAACGGAAAUCGAAAACGAAACUGAACGUAUGGGUGGAACAAAUAAAGCUAUUUGCAGUGAUCCAAUUAAUUUGAAAAUUUUCAGUCCUCGUGUUCUGAAUUUAACUCUGGUUGAUCUCCCGGGAAUCACAAAGAUUCCAGUUGGUGACCAACCUGAAGACAUUGAAGCGCAAGUGAGAGAAUUGAUAUUACAAUACAUCUCGAAUCCAAAUUCAAUAAUUCUUGCUGUUUCUCCAGCGAAUACUGAUAUAGCAACUUCAGAAGCUAUAAAGAUGGCUCUUGAAGUUGAUCCAGCAGGAAGAAGAACUCUUGCAGUUGUUACAAAACUAGAUAUAAUGGAUGCUGGUACUGAUGCUAUUGAUGUUCUAUGUGGAAGGGUCAUCCCUGUCAAAUUAGGAAUUAUAGGAGUUAUAAAUCGUAGUCAACUCGAUAUCAACAAACGCAAAAACAUUUCUGAAGCAAUACAGGACGAACAAGAAUUUUUACAGAAAAAAUAUCCAUCGAUUGCGAGCAGAAACGGAACACGAUUUCUAUCAAAGACAUUGAACAGAUUGCUGAUGCAUCAUAUUCGAGAUUGUUUACCAGCUCUCAAAACGAGAGUAAACAUUCUCACAUCUCAAUUUCAAUCUCUACUCAAUUCAUAUGGGGAGGCAGUUGGAGAUCAGAGUGCAACUCUUCUUCAAAUUGUUACUAAAUUUGCUUCAGAAUACGUCAACACAAUUGAAGGAACAUCAAAAAAUAUUGAAACUACAGAAUUGUGUGGCGGUGCACGCAUAUGUUAUAUAUUUCAUGAGACAUUUGGACGGACUUUAGAAUCAGUGAAUCCGCUGGGUGGUUUAACUGAUCUUAAUAUUUUAACUGCUAUUAGAAAUGCUAAUGGACCUCGUCCAUCAUGGUUUGUUCCUGAGGUUUCUUUUGAAUUGCUGGUAAAAAGACAAAUCAAGAGAUUAGAAGAACCAUCAUUAAGAUGUGUUGAGCUUGUACACGAGGAAAUGCAACGCAUUGUACAAAGUAUAAGCGUCCAGGAAGUUGUCAGGUUUCCACGGCUACGAGAUUGCAUUGUUGAAGUUGUGACACAGCUGCUACGAAAACGUCUGCCUAUCACUAAUGAGAUGGUCACAAACUUGGUAGGAAUAGAGUUGGCUUACAUCAAUACAAAACAUCCAGACUUUUCAGAUGCAAAUAUAUCUGAACUUCUACAGCUAAACCAACAUCAAACUAAUGAUAAAAAGAGCAAACCAGUAGCAAUAAAUGAAGAGCAAUUACGUCAAAGAUUGAAGACUGACGACAGCAACGAUCCAAAGAGAAAUCCAUCUUUAGACGCUGUCCUGGAACCAAAUUCUGCAGUAUCAUCGGCUAUGGCACUAGGCAAGAGAUGGUUUGGUGCUGCAGGAGGCCAAAUGGCUGCUGCUUUACCAAAAGAUACAGGAGAUUUACAAGCUGUAACAAGAAGUGCUUAUCUCAGUCCAUCACGUCAAACUAGACAGCAACCUGUCAAUUUAUUAGAUGCGGAAAUGCCAAUCACAAGAAAAUUAUCUUCCCGAGAAGAAAGAGAUGUUGAUGUCAUUCAAAGAUUGAUACAUUCUUAUUUCCUAAUCGUGAGAAAAAAUAUUCAGGACAGCGUUCCGAAAGCUGUGAUGCACUUUCUAGUAAAUCAUGUAAAAGAUAAUCUUCAGAGUGAACUGGUUCGACAACUUUAUAAAUCAGAUCAACUCAACCAUCUAUUGACUGAAUCAGAAUCCAUAGCUCAAAGAAGAAAAGAAUCUGCCGAAAUGUUAAAAGCAUUACAAAGAGCCAGUCAGGUUAUUGGUGAAAUAAGAGACACUCAUUUAUGGUAGCGUUUCACAAGGAAGUUCAACAUGUCCAAGAAGUUUUCUAUUAUAGUUUGCUUGUGUUAACCCUAAAUGUUAUUUCUAUCAUUUUAUAUCAUAACUAUCAAUCAAUAGUUCGUUUCUAAGUUAUAUUCAGGAGAGAAUAUUUAAAACCUAUUUGAGUGCUAGUUUUAAAUUGGACAAUGUUACCACAGCAGUGAAAACAUGGUUGACUAAUAACUAUCAUACUGUGCUUAAAUUUUAAAAAGAUUUUCUAAUUUGUGCUCUUUCCUUCUGUUUUGAGUAUGAUGAGAAUAAUGGGUUAUGUUAAUUUUAGACCAUGUUAUUCAACUUUUAUUAUUUGUGUGGUAGAAUAAUUUGUUCUUGUAAACUGUGAAAUCUAUUGCUGCAAAUAUAUUAAAAGUAUAUACAUGAAAGAAGAUUCAAUCAUCUUCAAGUUGUGAUAGAGUAUUUAUGACAUUUGUUUUCACUGCCCCAAAUUAUUUACUGAGAAAAAGUCUGCCAUCAAAAUUCCAUUUCUAAUAGCCCUACAUUGGAUUGUCAUGGGGCAAACUGCUAGGAAAUAUCCUUUUCAAUGAAUUUGCUUAAUAUAAAUUUCUCUGUCGGCCCCUCAAAUCAAGUCCCUCAAUUAAGCAUGUUUUAUGACAUUAUGUUGAAUAGUAGCAUUAUUAAUAUGCAGUUCCUGAUGUUUAGUGUUUAUUAUAUCUUUUCUGUGAAUCAUUGACAGAAAAUUGUUGGAACAAAUCAAAAUAUGUUUUUCAGAUAAUUUUUUUCUGUGAUUCUGGAAUGAUUGUUGAGUUUUGCAAUUUUCUUAUUUUUGUUGUAACUUUUAUAUUGUAAUUCCUUUGUUUUUUCAUUGCUAUUUAAACGAAUACAAUCAAUUGAUAUUCAGAUAUUUGUUAAAACCUAUAUUGUCUCAUGCAUGCUUCAAACAGUCAUAGGAAAUAUUUCUUCAAAGGUAUUGUGUUGAUCAUGUAAAUUUAAGUGCACGUGGCUGAAAAUAAAUGGUAGACAGGCACGUA